CGAGCCACACGCCCGCCCGCACGGGUUCAGGGCCAGCCCUUCCCGGGAGUGUGCGGCGGCCCGGGCCCGGGGGAGAGUGGGCCAGGGCCUGGCUCUCCGAGGGAUGGAGGGGAUGGAGGCGGCGGCCAAGCCUGCGCGCCGCUCUCAAGCAUCCAGUACAGGGAGCAGAGCCACGAGGCUCAUGCAGGUGACUGCAGCUAUGGCUAGACAUGGUCCUGAGCAGCCAGACAUCGGGCCACUCCUGAGACCAACACUCUGCCCCCAGGAAGACCGAACGCCUAGCCUGAUGGCCCCCAAGCCUCCCAGGACAUGGGGGCUGCAGCUCCGAGGCCCUUCUGUGCUAGAGUCCAAGGUGAAGGCCUUGAAGGAGAAAAUGACAGCAGGUAAACAAGGAGGAGGUCCCCGUACCAUUUCCUAUGAGUGUCCGCCCCCUACGAAAUCCUCACGCCACCAAGUCAAGCCUGGAGCAGUCCAGAGCCUGCCAGAGGGCUAUCCUCUACCAGAUGCCCCGGUCCACCAUGCUCAGAACCCUGUUGAUGGGCAGCUGGCCAGCCAUGUUAACGAGAAACCUUCCAGGAAUGGUGGACCCGCACCAUCUACCCCUGAGCGAUGGAAUAAGCAAAGCCUAUGGUCUCCAGAAGCAGGGCGGAUGCUGGAUGAUCAGAAGGAGGACCCAGGGUCUUGCUCUUUACAAGAGAACUUCAACUACCAGGUCUGUGCAGGCCAGCCACUGGGGCCUGAUCCCUGUGACAGCACCCACUUGAGCAGCCCGAGGAAGAGAAGGCCGCCCCCACUUGGAGAUGGUCUGAUCACAGAGGGAGAUCUGGACAGCACAGCCCUAACCUCCAAGGAGGUCUUAGUCCCCAGAACAGACCUGCCAGAAACACCCUGGAGAGCUGAUGGCCUAGAGGCUCUGGGCACUGUGGCAAAUGCUUUGUCCUUGUCUGACCGCGUGGAGAGGAACCGCCUCCUGCUACAGGAGAUGCUGAAGAUUUCCAGACAGAGUCCUUCCAGGGCAGGAAACCCAGACUGGACUUCAUUCUGGGGCAGGACUACAUCAGAGCGACCAGCGGGAGCCGUGGACUGGGACUCGGGCAGCCCCCUGCAGGACUCAGGUCAGAGCAGGACCUCUGUUCCCAAGCUGGAGCCUGUGCUGAGUGCCGGGCAUGAGGAAGCCAAGCAUCUGCUGCAGCGUGUUCGCAUGAAGGCCAGGACCAAACCGCUCCGAGCCAGCCACGAUAUUGUGCCCACCAUUGCUAAGGGCAGCCGGAACGGCUGGAGAAGCCCGGCCCUGGAUGUGAGGACCCCUUCUGCCUACGGAGAGAGCCUCCAGAACGGGAACAUAGAUGACCCCUCAGCUUUAGCGUCUAGGGCUGGGCAGUGGCCCAAGCAGGGAACGCCCCUGUCUCACGUCCGAUUUGAAGAUGAGUCUGCCCACGAGGCCGAGUCCCGGUACCUGGAGCGCCUUCAGCAGCGCCAGCGUCGGGCGCUAAGUGCAGUGCUACAUGCUGUGGACCAAGGGCCGCUGCGCUCCAAGCCGGACCUCACCAGCUACAUUAACCACAGCGUGGGGGACAGCUCGUUCCACGGGCCUGUGGGCUCGCCAGACCACGGUAACUUCUCUGCAGCACUGCCUACGUGGGACAGUGAGAGGACGUGUCCAGCCUGUGGCAGCUGUCUCGAGGAGCGAUGCCCUGCUGAGGGGAGGGCAGCCCCUCACCUGAGGGUCCUCCGGGGUCUCCAGGCUGCCUGUGAGGCAGGGGCAGUCCUGCUGGGGUCCUGUCAUUCCGAUGGCUUGAGUUCCCCCUUCCCAGGGCUCCACACAGAAUGGAUCCGGGAAACACACAUCACAGACACUGUCGCCACACACCCUGAGGAGGGGAACUCUUCCCUGGACAGCACCAGCAGUUCAGACAGCUGGACAGACAGUAAGGAUGGCAGGACCUCUCGGUCCAGCAGGGCAGGUGAGCAGACCCAGGUCAGCAGCCCCCAGCAGUGGCAGCAUGGCUCUAGGCCUCAGGGAGAUCGCAGGCGGUCCAGAAAGGCUGAGACUGAGCUGCCCCGUGGCCUUCAGGCCUGGCCUCACCUGCCUGAGGCUGACGAUGUGGUCGUAGGAGGAGAGGCAAAAGGAGCCAGAGGACACAUAACCCAGGGGACUUUGUUUCUAAAGGAAGGUGCUGUGCCUAAACCUGCCUUGGAACCUAAGAGGCCUUGGUCCCAGGGGCAGCUUGGAUCACAGUUAGGAAGUCACUGGGCCCGCCCCGAGGACUGCGGGGAUCCAUGCAGGACAGCCUCUGCUGUGCCAUUUUCCAAGAAGCUCCGGUCCCCAGGACCAGGCCGACCAGACCAAGUUACCAAAAGCCCUGAAUCCCUGGGAACUGUCCACAGCUCUUCUCCCCAGCAGAACCCUGACGAGCCCACUGCACUCCUCUCAGCCCUGCAGCCAGCUCUGCCCCUCUCGCUUGAAGUGCCAACCCCCCCUUCUUCAAGGAACUCCCUCUGCCCUCUACCCCCGGGGAAGGCAGCCUCGAGUGGACACCACAGGCUGCGACACCAGCUGGAGCAUUCGGAUAUCCCCCUGCCGCCGUCCCCUCCAAGAACUGCAGUUCCCACCCCACCCCAGACCCAGCCCUGCAGCCCACCGGUCAAGCAUCUAUUGCCGGACCUGCCCAACAACUGCAACAGCAGCAGUGGCCCUCUGGGGCUGCAGGAGCCCUGGGGAGCUGCUGUCCGCAAGAGCAGAGCUGAGCGGUGUUGUCAGGAGAGUGAUGGAGAUGGAACACUCCAGGACUCACUCCAGUCUGCAGAUGUCGCCACGGUCAAUUCUACAGCCAUCACCCUCUCCCUUAGCUCAGAGGAGCCCGAGAGCAGCCAGGAGCUGGGAGGAGGUCCACAGGGGACGGAAUCCUGCUCUGGAGGCCACAUGCCCCCUAGGGCAUCACCUGAGGCCAGUGCAGGGCACAAGCCACCCUCAGCUUCCCGUUCUGAUGGGAACAAGAAAAGGAGGAGUAGUAUCGUUUCCACCCUGGGGCUCAAAAAGCUCUUCUCAGCCCUGGGCCAUGCCCCCCGGCCCAGACUUGGCACGUCCCGAAGCUUCAGUGUGGAACAGCUGCAGCCCUCAACACUGGCUCCACACACCAGUACCCCCAAGGUGAAGAGAGCCCCAUCGUUACAGAUCCUGCAUACGGUGUCGCCCUCCCACCAGCAUCGGAAAGCAACUUCCUUUCAGAACCUCCAUUCUCUGCUAGGUGGCAAGGGAGACCGGUCCAGCCUCUACCUGGUGGAGGGGUCAGGGGACCCCCGUGCACCCAGCAGGAGACACAGUGCUCUCAGUGUGGAAGAUGUGGGCGGCCCCAGCCUCGCUCGCAGUGUGGGCCGUGUGGUGGCGGUGUUCCCAGAUGGCACAAGUCAGCUGCAGCUGCAGCGACCCCCAGAGGGCGGCUUCGGUUUUCGUCUGGACUACGGCAAUGGCCGUCGAGAUUCAGGGCUCUACGUGCAGGCCAUGGCUGACCUGGAUACUGCCAAGCUGUACUCGGGGCUGCUUGGGGUAGGGGAUGAGAUCCUAGAGGUGAAUGGGGCCAAGGUUGCUGGGCUGGGCUUGGCUCACAUCAAGGAGCUCCUGGCUCAUGUGGAGAGCUUGUCAAUUCGUGUCUUGAGAAAGAGGCCUGUCCCCCAGUGACCCAGAAGUACUGCUGCUCUCACCGACGCUCCCUCAGUAGCCCUGACCCCCACCACACAGCGGGAGGGGCUGGAAAUGGCCACUCAGAUAAUGUGGUUGUUGUCUGAGCUGUGGCAGAAGCCGUUCUGACCAGCCACCUGCAGGAAGAGGCAAAGAGCCUGCGUGUGCAUUCAGUUAGGCUGGCUAAUGGAUGCCGAGCUGGGGAAAGAGAAUAUCACUUUCUUCCGUCACAGACGUGACCAUGUCCCUUUGCUGGAAGGAGAGGAGAGCAACUGACUAUGUCCUUGGGCUGGUCCCUGAGAGCUGGCUUCACCUCCUGGCCACACUCACUGGGAAGGCUCCCCAGGCCCCAGCAUACCAGAGAGAACGUGGCCACAUUGGCCUUGUGCCCCGUCUGUUUGAGCCGUGGCUUGCCUGGUUUCCAUGUGACACUUGGCUCCUGAUCUAGAAGUCUCGGCACAGCCUGACAGCCAGGAGCACACAUUCCUAACCAAGCACUGGGAAGUAUGGCCUGUCAGGAGCUCUGUGCCCCUUCUGGGUAUGCAAACUUCUGAGAGUUUCUGGGAGCCAGAAUGUUAAGAAUUACUUUCUAAAAAUGUCUGCCCCCAGCCGAGUUGAAGAAUGAAACUGUUGCCAUUUGCAGCAAGUGUGGCCAUGGUACUAAAGAUGUGGGAGGCCAGGCCAGCCAGCCCCUUGCCUCCGCCCCUGCCUAGACCUCGGUUGUCGCAGCCCGGCCUGGGCGGGCCUUGGUCUUUGUUCUCUUGUCCAGCUUGGAGACAGGGCUGCAGCUGGUGUCUGGCUGUCUCCCAGCUGCAGGGUUUCUAUGCAGACCUCCCUGGUGGCAGCUGUGGGUGGGCAGCAGGCAAGGAGGCCGUUAGCCGGGGUGGCCUUCCCACCUAGACACAGCCUGCUGAGCCGAGGGCCUGCCCAGGGAUCCAGGGCUCUGGAGAUGCCCGGACAGGUGUCAGCCUUAAAUUAUUAAAACACAGAGCCAAAGCUGCUUCCGCUGGAGUUGCUGGAUUCUGUCUUGACCUCUCCCAGCUCUGAGAGGCCUGGAGUAGGGCAAGGGCAGACGGGUACAGGUAUGGCCAUGGGGCAUUUGGAGGGGAAGUGGGAGGCCUGCAGGGAUAGGGUCACAACCAGCGUAGAUGCAGAAGACUCUGCCACCCUUGAGUCAAGAAAGGAGGGCUGGCAAGGCUGGGGAGAAAAGAGAAAGAGCUAAGAGCCUUGGGUAGGUGCAUGGAGGGGCGGAGUGGGCAGCUCACUGCUGAUCUGUAUCUUGCCACAGUGCCAGCUAUGGUUAAAAAAACAAAACAGCCUUCAUCUAGAUUGUGAUGUCACAGGCAGCUUUCACUGGACAAGAAAGACACUGGGGAGACAUUGCCUGUGGAGAGGUGACAGAGGAAGCCAGCUUGUUGGGGGAGGAGAGGUUAAAACCCAGAGGCUGGGGAGAGGAAGAGAAGUGGGCGGGGGGGGGAGGGAGUGUUUCAGAGCCCCAAGAGUGUAGGACUGGGUGGCUAGGACUACCCCAGGCUGGAGAAAGAGCACAAAGAGGGGGUUCUAGCAAGUGGGCAGAGCAGCCAGUGUCAGAAGCGCAUGAAACUCCAGGGCAUGAAGAGGGCACUGGAGCGCCCCAGAGACAAAUCCCCUACAGAAACAAGCACUCCCUAGCAGGAAACUAUAGCCAAGGGGAAACCCCAGCAGCCCAGAGCAGUAGUCCCCAACCUGUGGGUUACAACCCCUUUGGCAAACCUGUCUCCAAAAAUACUUACGAUUCACAACAGUAGCAAAAUUACAGUGAAAUGGCAAGGAAACAAUUUUAUGUUUGGGGGUCACCACAGUAUGAGGAACUGUAUUAAAGGGGUAGCAGCAUUAGGAAGGCUGAAACCAUUGUCCCAUAGGCUAUUUCUUAGCCUGGAGCUGCAGCUGGAGCAAUUUCACCCUGGGAAAAAGUGUCAGUAGCAGAGGCCACCUCUGUUUUCCGUAUAGCAAGGACAUUUGUCUUCUGGAGAUACGCAGUGAAGGACUGGGGCUGGAAGAGGCCAGAAAACAGCUGAAGUAGUGGGAGUUCCUGAAGUCCUGGCGUAUCUUUCUUAGUCUUUAUGAGGGUCCUACGGGGAACAUCCUGCUUCCUGUCCUUUCGGAGGUGGGAACCCAGUUCAAGUGCCAGCACUGCUGUGAGGCUCUCCAGCCCUGUCUGCUUGGUGUGGGAUCUGCUUGUCACUCUCUAACCUUCCUCCUUCCUCCUUCUGUUUUUCCUCCCCCGGUGCUGGAAAAGGAUAGGAUGAGGGUGGGAGAGAAUAUGCAGGGUAAGAGGCCCUCUGGUCUCUGAUCGGAGGCAACCACUGUGGCCUCUGCUCUGUCCCCGCUGGAGUAAAGCGAUGCUGAGGCCCCUGGCCUGUGUCUGUGGUGGGGGAAGGCACUUGGCUCUCUCCAGCAUCUGGUCUGGUCUCUAUCAUUUUCUUUAUCUAGAGAGAUGCUGACAUAGCAGGCCUGGCUCAGCCCUCCUCCAAGUACUGCUGCAUCAGAACCUUCUAGAAUGUAGUUAAUUGCCAUAAGGCGGAUUCCGGUGCAGGCUGGAGGACUGGUGAGGAGAGGGGGAGGGCGUACCAAAGCAGGGCUUUGUGAAGUGAGUGGGAGCAAGGAUACUCAGGCAUAAACAAAGCAAAACAACACAGCUUGUGCAAAGAUGUGCAUUUCCCCCCAAUACCCUGUGCCCCUUAAGCCCAUAGACCUGAUGUUAGGGACUGCAGAACAGGAGGUACCAACUUUGGCCUCAGACAUGCCACUCUCCUGAGGGGUUGCAGGGCAGAGCUGGGUGGAGCUUGUAGGGCAUUUCAGAAGGUACUAUCUGAAGGCACCAAUCAAACUACACUUCCACUUCCAAGAAGAGGAUGCUGGGACACAUUGCCUUGGGUGCAGUGCCCUGGAUGAAGAUCUCAAUCUGCUGUGUGGAUGAAUGCAGUGAAGGGUGGGGAGGGACAGGUGAGCAGAGCCCCUUGAGGAACUAACCGUGCAAGGGACAGGGCCAGCCUGGGGGGAGGGGCGGUUGCAGGCUCAAGUUGACCCAAGGCAAAUGCUGGGCCGCACACUGGACCCCAUGUACAUGCAGGCGUGAGCACUGGGUGCACGCAGUGUCCCAGGCCUCAGGGGGUGGAGCAGCAGGCAGUGGUGCCACCCGGCCUGUUGACCUUUACAGGAUAGGGGGCUGAACUUUACUUCUGGCUUUGAGGUCCUCUAGGAAAAUGAGGUCCAACCUUCCACCGCGCCACCUGCACGAGAGAUGCUUUUCCCUGGCAGUGUUUCUGACCCAAUAAAUAUUGAAAGCGGGAUGAGCUGUGUGUGGGGGCUGGGAAGCAGAGAGUACAUCCCAUGGGCAAUGACAAGUUCUCUACCACCUUGGGUCGAGUUGGUGGAACUGAGGGGCCCCAGGCGUGGUCUUUAAAGGAUAUUCUAAGUUCUAGAUCCAAGUCACCAAGAAGCCAGAGACCGAGGGGCAGAUAGACGGCCAUAACUGGACUCUCAGGCCCUUCACCAUGGCUCAGGGAAGGGGCUAACCACUGUGGGUAUCCCCACAACAGCUUUGGCUGCUGGUUGCCCUUCCACUGGGUUCCAGCUCCACAAAUUCUCCCUUAGCCUCUUAUUCUGUUUAUCUGUGGCCUUUGCUGGACUGCUCUCCCACCUGCCCGCUGCCUGGCAACCUGUACAGGGAUUAGAGACGUGUCUGUCCUGGGGAGCAAACCAUGAUCCUGCGGACUGGCAGCGGUCCUCCCUCCCUUUAACUCUCACGCAAUCACACAAUCAGGGACUUCAGACUGUGACUUUUCUUCUGUGAAAUUAUCCUUCAGACUUACCUGGCAACCUCUGGUCUGCCCUGGUGCACCUGCCCAAGCCAUUUCGUCUACCCUCAGGCUCAUUCUGGAGCUAUUCAAAAGCCCCUACCAUCCCCGAAUCCCUCCCCACCCUGCUCUGUGAGGGCUCUUUCCUAUGCAGCCAGAACACCUGCUCAGAAAUGGCAACAGCCUUCCUUGGCAAACUCUGCCCAGCUCUCAAAGGCUGCGGGUUUGGCCAGGUCGCUGUGCUGGGUCUGGCUGGGACUGGCUCAGAUACUCUGCCCACGGAGCCAGAGCUUAACAGCUGCCCUGCCAGUCCUGGAGGGUAUCCGGAGCUGUUCUGUGGAUGCCCAGCCACCUGCCAGGCCUGCCUUUGUCUUGUCCUUCUACAGUCUGGACUUGAGCCUCUAUCACAGUAUGGGGCUGCCCUUGGGGCUCUGGCCAGGGGCCAGUCACUGAGAGAGCUGCUCUGCCCUUUGGGAUGCCCCCACACCUCCUCAAUGGAGCCAGCUAUAGCUGUGAGAUAAGGCAAAUUAGCAUGCCACGGGCUGCAAGAGACCCCAAGGCAGUGGGCUUAACCCACCUGGGGACCACAAAAGCUUCUGCAGAGGGCCAGCCUCAGCCCCAUGACUCCCAAGUUCACCAGCCUUCAUCCAGCUCCAGAGCAAAGUUGGGAGGAAGAGAUAGGGACAUGGUAGGUGCCCCCAUGCUACAAUUGCUGCCAUCCUGUGGGCACGUCAGGGUCUCUGGGUUUUCUUGGGUUACCGUAUGCAGACUGAUUCACUCUUCCUAUAAGCAAAAUCCAAACACCAAUGAGGCUGACUUCUUGAGCUCCUGGACCAGAAUCAUUAUUUUGGGUGGCCCAGCCUGACCUAGACCUCACCGCAUCCUCAGCCUCCUGAGUGGCUGGGAUUACAGGCCUAUGCAACCAUGCCCAGGCCUAGAGUAGAUUUCCUGACUUGACAGAACACUAUUAAAGGUUCUGAGGGGCUGGAGGGAUGGCUGCUCUUCCAGAGGGCCUGAAUUAAACUCCCAGCAACCACACGGUGGCUCACAACCAUCUAUAAUGAGAUCUGGGGCCCUCCUCUGGUGAGGUGUACAUGCAGACAGAACAUUGUAUACAUAAUAAAUAAAUAAAUCUUAAAAAAAAAAAGUCUGAGACAUGGUCAAGAUGAAGGCACCUGACAUCACACUUUAGGUGCUGAAGUUUGCUGUUUCAGGAGCUGGAGGUGGCUCAGUCAGUAGUGUUUGCCAUUUAAAGUGUAAGGACUGGAGUUUGAUCCUCAGCAUCCACAUUUUUUAGAAAGUCAGCUAUAGUGAUGGAUGCUUGUGAUGGGGCUGGGAAGCUGAGAUGGGAGGGUCCCUGGAGUUUACUGCCUGACCCGGCCCCGAUGGAUGGCUCCUGAGAAACAUGCCAGGUUGGAGACAGCUUUAGUGAAACACCUGUUUGCCAUCUUUUCCCUACAACAAAAACCUGUGGUCUAAUCAAACUUGGUUCCAGCUGUGUCUCUGAUUUUUUUUUUUUUUUCCAGUACUAGAGACUGAACUUGGUCUCACAUGAAGCAGGCACUCUAUCUCUGAACUGUUAGGUCCUUAGCCUUUUUUUUUUUUUUUCCAUAUAUAUAUAUAUACUUAGUCUGGGCAACUUGAAAAUGUUGCUCUCCUUCUACCAUGUGGGCUCCCAGGACUGGACAGGUCAUCAGGCUUGAUGGCAAAGGCCUUUACCCCGGACCACUUCAUACUUGCUUUAUUUUUUUGGAGAUAAGGUCUCAUUGGAGUUGCUUGGGCUGGUCUUGACCCUUAAAUCCUCCUGCCUCAGCCUCUGGAAGAGCUGGGAAUUAUCGGCCUUCGCUAUAUCUUUUUUAAGAUUUGUGUGUAUAUGUGACUGCUUGCAUGUAUAUAUGCGUGAACACCUGUGCAUGCCUGGGGCCCAAGAGGUCAGCAAGGGAGGUCAGGUCCCCUGAAGCUGGAGUUAGAGGCAGUUGUGAGCCCCAAGUGGUUGCUGGGAAGAGAACCCAGAACUCUGUGAGAGCAGGUGCUCCCUGCCGAGCCUUCUCUUCAGCCCCACGCUGGUGCAUUUCUUGGUGGCUUUUGCAGUCCCAGCUACUUAGGGGAGCUGAGGCAGGGGGACUGAAACUCUGGUCCUCCUGUUCCACCUUCCUAUGUUGCCAGACUCCAGGCAGGCACCUCUGGUCUGUGGUACUAGGGGUCGAGUCUCGGGCUUGCUAGGGGAGCACCCUACCAACAGAGCUGUGUCUUCAGCUCUCACACUCAGAAUUCCCAUCUAGUAGCUAGCAGCUUUCUCUGCCCCAGGCAGCUGUCUAUGUCAGUAGUUUAAGAUGGUUUUCAUUUUUCAUGUAUGUUGAUCAUAUUCUUUCUGACACCCAAAAAAGAAAAAUCUAAACAAACUAAAAAGAGGAAGAAAAAAACUCAGCAAGAAAAAAAAAAAAAUAUA